AUGUUACUUACCCCAGAUUUUAGUUUGCAAGUACAAUCUAGCACAGCUUUUAGUGCUGAUGGUGAUAGUGAAAUGGUCGACCCUGAGAUCUAUCAACAAUAUGAAAGCAAAGUGGCUGAAUUAGA